AUGCCAUUGCUUCCGGACAUCACUGAAACGAAACUCAAGGAGAAGAAGGCCAUAGUGAGGGCAUUUCUUACAUUGCACUAUUGGAUCUGUUCCAGGAGUGACAAGGCAGUCAUGCCAUGGAGCGCCAUCAUACAAAGUCAGGAUGACUUUGUGGCAAGGAAGUAUGUUCCGGCAGAUGUGGACUUGAAGGAGCCUUCCAAGUUGCAAAAUUGGGACACUAUGGCCUUACUCAAUUUCUGGCAUGCUCAGCAGGAGAAAGGCGAAGGACCAACAUUCCUGUUCAAAGCAUGGAAGAACAAAGACAGAGACAUGGUAGCAUUGGUUGUGUCCAGGAAUUCACCUUCUCAUUGGACUCAUAAAGUCAGAAAGCAGAUGAUCCAAAGGCCUCGGAAUUCAUCAACUGACACCAAGAGCGAUCCCAGGAGUAAUCCCGAGAGUGACUCUCAUCACAUGGAGGAUGAUGUUGAUGAUGAUGCAGCCAAUGGUAGAUCCCCACAAAAGAGACCCAGAAGAGACCCAGAUCCUUCAACAGCACCUGAAGGGACAGCAGUCCCACAUGCAAUUCCAAAGCCUCACCUGGUCAAGCCAGCGAAAACUGGUGCACUGCUGACAUCACAAAUGGGUGACCUCCUGGCUGGGUUGACUGACAGAGUCACUGGCAAUGUUGAGGAGGAUGUUGGAAUGGAAGGAGGGCACACGUCUCCAGUGCCAAAAAACAUGUGGGGAAAAAAACCAGUGAUUGAGCCAUCGGCAAGGACAACCCGGAGUAAAUCAACUCAACAGCCAUCAGACAAUACCUCUCAAGUGACAAGAGCAAGGGGAAAGAAGUAA